AUGGUUCGGCUGGCUCCAAGCAGUCUGUACGUCCAUAGUCCCAACUGUGACUACGCAGAGCAUACUGUGUCUGUGGGCAAUGUGUGGAAGGCUGUAAAUACUGGCGCCUUGCAUUUUUUUAAUAACAAAUUACAUGCACCUUUCUGUUUUUUUAUUGCCCAAAAGGUGAAAAAGGACGUGGGAGAUGUCUCCAUCCUGGUGAAUAAUGCUGGUGUGAUUACAGCUGCCGACCUUCUCUCCACUCAGGACCACCAGAUUGAAAAAAUGUUUGAAGUCAACACUCUUGCUCACUUCUGGACCACAAGAGCUUUUCUGCCAGCCAUGAUGAGCAACAACCACGGUCACAUUGUCACGGUGGCUUCGGGAGCAGGGUCUUUCAUGGUGGCUUAUUGUUCAAGCAAGUUUGCUGCAGUUGGAUUUCAUAAAGCUCUGACAGAGGAGCUGUCUACCCUGGGAAAGGACGGAAUAAAAACCACGUGUCUAAGCCCAGUGUUUAUAAACACGGGAUUUAUCAAAAACCCCAGCACAAGGCUUGGAAAGAUUUUGGAGGUUGAAGAAGUUGUAGAGGCCCUGAUGGAAGGAAUACUGACCAACCAGAAAAUGGUUUUUGUUCCACCACAUCUAAGCAUUGCUUUACUUUCUGAAAUGUUGUUUCCAGAACGUGCCGUGGCUCUUCUGAAAAAGCUGACCAAUGCCAAGUUUGAUGCAGUUGUUGGGCAGAGAAGCACCCAGUGA